AAAACAGAAUGUUUUCAUUGAAGCCCUCUCAUAAACAGACAGUCAGUUACUGGAUAGGAGGAAGUUAUAUUAGUUUAUCUACACACGUUUACUGAGGUCCUUUGCAAAGUUUUGUUACAUUUGUUUCUGUUUUGGAGUGUGAUACACGUAUUAGCUUGAGAAUGGUGUUUUUGUUAGCAUUGUAUAUCAGUAGCUGUGGACUUGUUUGUCUCGUACAAGGUCAAAAAUUACAAUUAUCAACUAAAUUUAUGCGUGGAAAUGUGAUAUUUACAUGGACGCCGUCAAACUAUUCCUCCUAUGACGUUCAUAUUACCACAGACACAACAAGUGAUACCGCCUGGACCAGUGUGUCUGAUACACAGUACACUGUGAGGGAUGUAUUGCUGUAUAAAAAAAUCACUAUCGACGUAAGAACAGUUGGAAUAAACGUUGCCAACAGACUGACAUACAAUGUGUCCAAAAUUAAAACCAAGGUAGGAGACAGAGUGAAUAUCUCAUGGACAGCGCCGUUCUUUCCUGUCGCUGGACAAUAUUUAGUUUACCACACAUAUAGAGAAAACAGAACCAUUUUCAGUAUAAGAAGCAGUGGUGUAAGCUAUGGAGGAAAUAAUCAGUCGACAAAGUACACAUACCUCACCAGACCGUUGACUUCCACUAACAUCAUGUUUUCGAUAAGGGACAUAACUCUGGAUGACGCUGGAUAUUACAAUGGUGGAACGUCGGCGGCUGAAGCUGCGUGGUCAGGUGGAGGUGUCGUACUGAUUGUUAACGACAAACCCUCCAAGCCGAAGGUAACAGGAAACCUUAACAUUGAGGUCAAAAGCUACAUAAUACUGACGUGUUCCAGUAACUCAACUUCAGCCCCUGACUACUACUCCAAGCUCGUCACCUUGUCUUACACCUGGUUUGUAAACGACACAAGGAUAAGUGGAGAAAUCAGAGAUACUCUAAGAUUUAAAGUAACCAAAGAUCUCAAAUACAACAGGUACAUGUGUACAGCUACAGAAGACGACAUGGAGUCUGACAGGAGUGUCCCAGUACAGAUUAACCCUCUGUACGGACCGGAAACAAUAAAAUUCACUCCAGAACCUAUAUUGAACAUCAAUGACAAAUUAACAGUAAGGGAAGGGGAGACUAUUGGUCCCUUUGUUUGUACAGCGGAUUGCAAUCCACCGUGUAAUAUAACGUGGAGAGUAAAAACAUCCGAUGGAUUCAGCGAUGCUCGUUCAGAGAUGGGGACGUUAUUGAAACAAGUGCAGAGGGAUAUGUUGUUAUUUCGAUGCAAAGCAGAACGGGGAGAUAAGAAUUUUAAACAAGGAAUUCAACUUGAUGUCCAAUAUUUAGAUGACACUCUCUUGUAUAUUAAUGGCCAAACAAAAAGUACUAUCGAGUUGAAUGAAAACGCACCAUUGAGAAUAUCGUGUCGGGUGGGUGGAAACCCGGCCCCAACAAUACUCCUAAGUAGAAGCCAUUCAGACACUGAACUCCGUAAGAUGCAGGGGACAUGGCUGAACUACACCAUAGACACGGCUCAGUGUACCGACACAGACACUUAUAGAUGUAGCGGGAAUUCUACAGGAUUCAACAACACAGAAAAAGUGAUAAACAUCAACGUUCUAUGUAACACCAGAUUUGAUGAAGCCGGUAGUUUCAAAUCCACAUAUGGGUCCAAGAGUGGAAAGGAUACCACAGUAGAUGUUGCUGUUCCAAUCAUUGCUUACCCCUCUCCACAAUCAUCUGACUUCAAGUGGGACGGUCCUGAUCAAGUGUCUGCGGGGACAACACUUUCUACAGGAGAUGUGUCAUACAAACACGUGAUCGAAAGCUUCAUCCCCGUGAAGGAUCAUACUUAUUUUGGAUACUACACACUGUCAUACAAAGGACAAACAGUCACUAGAAUCACAAUCAACGCUGAAGACGUACCACAAACCCCCUCUAACUUCACUGGAUAUUCCUACGCCAUCGGCUCCGUCAAUUUGACCUGGGUGUCGGGCUUCAAUGGCGGACCUGAGCAAUUAUUCAUACUCUAUGUAAUGGAAGGUUCCAAUUGGAAAGUAAUUGGAAACGUAUCAGAUCCGGGAGAAGGAAGACUUGUCCAUUUCGACCCGGGAUUUUUGUCCCCGGGUCAAGAAUAUUCGUUUCGAAUACAGAGCUGUAACAUGAUAAACUGUUCUUUACUUUCUGCUGAUACAAGAGUUACAGUGAAAGCAAUAUCCAGCCAGUCGACUUUGUCGAACAACCAGGGUGUGACUAUUGGUGCCUCGCUGGCUGGCUUUGUGCUCAUCGUUCUCUUGGCUGCAUUCCUGGCUAUGUACUUCUUAAAGAAAAAGAAGAUCGAGAAAAAUCGAGAAAGCGUCAAACUGGACGACAGUAGACAACCUGAUGUAGUAUUGUACGCUUCUGUUGACAAAAGUGACCAGAAAAGAAACAAAAACAAUGCUGACGUAGUGAUAAAUGACGUCAUAGUAGAUAAAAAAGACAACAGCCCGGCGCCUUGUGGUGACAUGUACGCAUCUGUAGACAAGAGUUUACUAAAGAAAAAAGGAAAACAACCCGACGCUAAUACAAAUGAAGAACACGAGAAUCUGUAUGCAAACUCGGAAGAAACUAAACCUGCAAUCAAACCAAUCAGAGGUCAGAAAGGCAAAAGGUCAAAGGUCAAAAGGGGAAGUAAAGGACAGGAACAAAAGGAUACUGGGGCAAACGGCGAAUACGGGAACGUCGAGUCUAGGAAAGUCAAUCAAGAUGGUUUGAUUUACAUCGACGUUGAUUUCUCAAACUACACCGGAAGUCAGACCCCUGACCAGAAUCCCCUGAUCCACGGGGACGACGACCGUACAGAGUACACGUUCGUGGAUUUCACUAAGAAAGCGCCACCUAUACAGGAAACGGGCGACGAAGAGCAAAAAUAAAACUGAUGGUGCAAAAAUCUUGUUUUCCAGUUAAAACUAUUUUUUAUUUCAUUUUUUUUACUUUUGCUAUUGUAUUUCGUCUAUUUUUACUUUGAGUUGUUUGAAUAUGUAUUCAAGAGUGUGAAGAAAUUCGUAGUUUUUACUAGAAUAUCAGUUCAUAAACGAUUUAAAUUGAGGAAUUUGUUUUCGAAAACUUAUUACGACAACGGUUAAGGUCGUAUGGGCCAUCUGUUGAUAUUAAUGUAGAGUGUAGUAAAUUAUGAUUGAAAUACUUUCAUCGGUUGAGACCUUUAUCAUUUCACAAUUUUUAACCAAAAAAUAGCUUUUAAAAAUAUUUGAAGAGGAAAAAAUUGUAAAACCCCGACAGGAAUUCAAACUCAUGACUUACAGAUUCGUAGUAAAACCUCUAUCCCACUGUGCUACGCUGUUAGGUGACAAUAAUGGAAAAGAAACUACUUAUAUAAUUGCACUUCAUUUUAUUGUUUAUUUUAAACAAUACGUCACAACAUAAAAUUGUCCCAUACCACCUUAAUAAAGAUUGCUCAUAGUCAGACUCAGAAAGAGAUAUUCCUCUGAAAUCUCAGAGAGAGAGAGAGAGAGAGAGAGAGAGAGAGAGAGAGAGAGAGCUCUAUUUAGAACUUUUUUUGUUUUCCAUUUUUUCUAGUUUAUGCAUAUAUUUUAUUUUUGUAAAUGUUCUAUUUUUUUUAAGUCUUAUACUUUGAAAUGAAGAGUAUUUAGAUUCAGUAAUGUAUUCAAUGAGUCAUCAAAUAAAUUUUAUUUUUAUUU